UCCCUCCACAAGUUCUCGUCUCCCAUGUCCUCCGUAGAUUACAUUUACACACCCGAUAUGAAAAGAGAAACUGAUUUUGUCUCAGAGAGAUAGAGAUAGAGAGAAUGGCAUCGUCAUUAUUAUCUACUUCUCAUCUCUCAGUUUUCCCAGAACGCCUGUCUUUAUACUCUAAACCCUCCCAGCACCACUUACUUAAUGUGAAGCCAGUUGGGAUUCGUGUGAAAUCAAGUUUGGAAGAUGAAAGCUCCUCGUCCUCUGGAGGUUUCGAUGACCCAUCACAGUCAAUCAAGAUGAAGGAAUCUCAAUUGUCAACAUCAAGGCGCCAGUGUCUUUCUUGCUUGUGUUCAACCUUAGUUUUAAUCGGUACUUCAGCAACUUCCAUUUCGAUCCCAAAAGCAAUUGCCAUGGAUGGAAAAGAAAGACCUGUAUGCCGGAAUUGUUUGGGCAGUGGUGCUGUACUUUGUGAUAUGUGCGGUGGUACCGGAAAAUGGAAAGCCCUCAACAGAAAACGAGCUAAAGAUGUUUAUGAGUUUACAGAAUGUCCAAAUUGUUAUGGUCGAGGGAAACUCGUUUGUCCUGUUUGUUUAGGUACUGGUUUACCAAAUAACAAAGGUCUUCUAAGGAGGCCUGAUGCACGGCAAUUACUUGAUAAGAUGUACAAUGGUCGGAUACUGCCUGGUUCUUAAGCAUCACAACAUUUGGACAAGGACGAUCGAGUCAUAACAAGCCAAAAAAUCCAGUGUUCAAAUCAGCAGAGUGGAAGAUCCUUAUUGCAAGACAAUUCACUCAACAAGCAAUACUAAAUAACAAUUAUGUAUGGCAUGCUUACCUCUACGAAAUAAAGAACUCCAAAUCAACAAGCACGGACUGUGCUUAGUGCUUACACGCUCGACUUGAGGGUGCCUUGUGACAAGAUAUGUCAAUUUCUGCAAGAUUUCGGGAGAAACUGAUUUCCCAGCAAGAGAAACUGCAACAAGCAGCCCAUCUUUAGAAUGCUGGCAGAUAUGUCUAACAGGAAUAACCUUAUCUGCCUAUCACUCUAUCUGCUUCCUUCCAAAACAACCACGAAUGAAAAGUGAUACCUGCAUUUUCAAAAGCAGUUCCAGACCAA